GUUGCUUGAAUGGGGGGCUCCCUGGCGUGGAUGCUGUUGUUGCCGCUGCUGCUGCAGGAUCCAGGCAGCCAAGUCUUUUCCUGCAACGUGUCCUCCGGGAUUGUGGACUGGAACACAGAGUUCACAGACAUAUGCCUGAAUUUCAGUGGCCAAGGCCUCAGACUGCCCCAGAACCAGUCUCUGCAGGCCGGGAACCUGCUGUACCUUAACCUGUCUGGGAAUAGUCUUCGAGAGCUACCAUUGUCCUUCUUUAAACUCCUGGGAAAGCUGGAGGACCUAGAUGUGACAAACAACCCACUGACCCAGGUGGCCAGGGAGUUGGCCGUGAGCUGUAAACUUGACCUGAAGGCUGACUGCAACUGUGUCCUGGAAUCCUGGCACCAGGUCCGAGAGAACAACUGCUCUGGCCAGCCACCUCUCAAGUGCCGAGACAGAGCUACCGGUGCCUGGCACAAUGUCUCUGCCUUCCUGGAGGCUGGCUGCUCCCGUGGCCUGUCCUUGAUGACCAUCGGGACACUGGUGGCCAGUGGAAGCCUGCUCCUGGGGCUCACCAUUGCUGGCCUAGUGCUGGCCUGGAGACUCCGGGCACGCCGGAGGGUCAGUAACCGGGACCUGGACAAAACAGGGGCUGCUCAGGAUGGUUCUUGGUCUGGCUCUGGCAAGCAGCCAAGAUACAGUAGCCAGGGCCUCAGCCCUAAGCCCCCAGCAGCUGCCGUGCCCAGACCCUCCACCCCCGACUAUGAGAAUGUGUUCGUGGGCCAGCCAGCUGCCGGGCACCAGUGGGCCGAACAUGGGGCCCACCCAUCAGAGGACAACGACUUCUACAUGAACUACGAGGGCCCCAACCAUGCCUCCCAGCCUGUCUACUGCAACCUGCGGUCGAUGCACCAGACCCCACUUGACGAAGAGGAGUACGUGAUCCCCGGGCGCUGA